AUGAAGGCCUCCUUUGAGGUUUUGGACCAGAUGUAUAAGAAGGUGCUGGUGGGAGCCACACUUGAGAACGGCACGCAGGAUUACGUCUGCUAUCUCCAUCCAGCGUUUCCAGACCACGAUGGCUCUGGGGAUGCCUCCUCGGAGCCCACAGCCCCCCUCGGCGUCCAGGGCCAGGGCCAGCCGUCGCUGUCCCCUGUCCAUCCAGCCACCAGUCCUUGGAAGAGCAGUGCCCGAGACUUAGCGCUCCUUCGGCUCACGGUGAUCCAGGUGAUGGUGAGCAGGGCGCUGUCCGCGGAGACCGAGUUCCGUGCCAAGGAGAAGUACAAAGAGGUCCUUACAGCUCUUUUAAAAUCAUCGGACCUGGAUUCCCAAUUAAUCUGCACGUUCCAAGACUCAGAUAAGUUGCUGUCUCACAUGACCGCAAAAUGCCUGGCGUCGCUUCUGUAUUUCCAAUUGAGAGAACAGAUAACAUUAAGUAAUUCCUGGAUUGCUUUUUGCCAAAAAAGUCUCUCUGAAUACUCUGAAGGUGAUAAGGUAGUAUACUGCCUCUGGACUCUUACUGCUGUAAUAAAAGAAAUCUUUAAAGGUGCAUGUUCACAAAAACCAGGCCUUCUGAAGCGGUUCCUGGCUCCUUUGGACUCGCCCCUGGAAGCCUUUCAUAACUCCUUCUUUUCCCAGCAUCUCGAAAGCACCCCGGGCGCCUGUGACACGGCCAACAGCCUGCUGGGCCUCCUGGAGCUGCUGGAACUUCUCGUCGCUUCCCGAGCCCACGGGGACCUGCACCUCACCUGCCAGAGGGUCGUCUUCUUGAAACCGUCCCGUGUCCUGAGCGCCAUCGCCUGGCCCGUCCAGGCCUUCGUCCGGAGGAAGCUCGUCUUAUUCCUCAAGAGGUGCCUCCUCUGGAACGUGGGCGAGGACCUCUGUCGCGGGGCCGUGGCCGCCCCUGCGCCGCCGGACCGGCAUGUGGACGGGGACACGGCGGCGUUGGCUGAUGCCGUGUUGCACGCUGUGGAUGCGGGCUUGUUGGGGGCGUUGUCCGUCCACGGAAAACCCUCCUGCUUCGCGGGCGGGGAGGUCCAGCCUGGAUGUGAGCGGUCCCCUGGCCCCGAUCACGUGAUCCUUAGAGCCACGAGCCUGCUUAUCAUGAAGUCCUUAGAAAUCAAGUUUCAAAAGUGUGCUUCAGCCGAGGAAAUGAAAGUUGCUUUGCAGAGGUACAUGUCUGAGCUCCUGGCCUUCUUACAGCCUCACCUCCAGCCCCCGGUGCAGGCACACAACCCGUGUGAGUGGCUGUCCCGGGUCUUCAUGGAACAAGACGAUGACAUGCUGGAAGCUGCCAGGGCAUCAAUGGGCAUCUACCUCAAGCUCACCAGAGAACGCGAAGCUGCUCAACACGAGGCCCGGGAACGAGAAACGUGGAGCCGGCACGCCCACGAGCAUGGCUACAACCCGCACUGCAUUUUUUUAUUCCUUCUAAAAAACGUAGGGUUUGAUUCCACGGUUCUUCUCGACUUCCUGAUUUCAUCCGAAACCUGCUUCCUGGAAUAUUUCGUCCGAUACUUGAAACUCCUGCCCCAAGACUGGGAUGCAUUUCUGACCGUCUGCAAGCGCUUUGAUGUCGCUGACUGCACCGAUAGCACAAAUACCUGUGGCCGGACCUCCUCCCUCAGCCAGGACACAGGCGGCAGCCACACAGAAUCCAGGCCGCCGGCUGCCCUCGGCCGUCACAGGGGCGCACGUGCCUGUGUCUCCCGGGCAUCGGAGGCUCCCCCGGACCCACCGCACCGGGUGGCGGCGUCCCGGGAGAGCCACGCCACGCCCCAGACCGGGAGUCGGGCCUCCCUGCAAGCUGCUCAGAGCCUGGUGGACUACGACACCUCCGAUGACUCCGAGGCGGAGUCCCCAGACGCGUGCUCCGCAAAUACUAAGCAGACACCCACACACCGGGAAACCACGGAGAAUACGCGGGACGCGGCGGGGACCAGGAGGGGCGAGAAGGAACGGAGCUCGGAGCUGCCGUCGGGGCCUGUGGUUCCGGAAGAAGCCGAUCCUCCUCUCUCCGUGGGCUGUGACCAAGCGCCAAGGGACGCGGGAACGUGUUACCGGACAGCGAAGUGCUUCCGAGCCCUGCAAGGCGCCGUUUCCCGUCUGCAGAGGAAAAACCUUUUCCCGUAUAACCCGACGGCCCUCCUGAGGUUGUUAAAGCAGGUCGAGGCGAUCUGUAAUAAAAGCACGAGCCCUUUUUGA